AUGGCUGUGGCUGGCCCAGGUGACCCGGGCCAGUGGGGCAGAGCCCGUGGGCGCCCGCGCCGCGCCGCCCUCGGCGGGGACCCGGGGACCCGGGGCCCCGGGCUGCGCGGGGCCUGGGGCUCCCGGCGCCGCCGCGCGCCCAUCGCGCAGACGGAGGCCGAGGCGGGGAGGCCCAGGCUGCCGAAGUGGCCGCGGACCCAGGGGCCGCCCGUCCCCGCCCGCGCCCCGCCCCGGCUCGCGAGCCACCGGCGCCCCAGCCCGGGUCCCCGCUCAUUCCGUGCCGCCGCCCGGAAAGGGCCGCCCCGGGCUCCGUGUGCCCGCCCGCCCGCGGCUCCUCUCAGCCUCCUCCCAGGGGCAGGGCCACCCCGGGCCCCGCACCGACCGCUCCUCCGCCUCCCGGACGGCAGCCUUCUGCGCCCCACUGAGCAGGCGGCCCAGCCCGGGCCGCGCGGGGCCCGUGACCGGGGCAAGGGCUGGCGACCACCCCUCGGCGCACACCCCGAGCCCUCGGGGCGCCCCUGUGCUCACCCUCGGCGCACACCCCGAGCCCUCGGGGCGCCCCUGUGCUCACCCUCGGCGCACACCCCGAGCCCUCGGGGCCCCCCUGUGCUCACCCUCGGCGCACACCCCGAGCCCGCGGGGCCCCCCUGUGCUCACCCUCGGCGCACACCCCGAGCCCGCGGGGCCCCCCUGUGCUCACCCUCGGCGCACACCCCGAGCCCUCUGCGCCCCUCUGUCCACAGCCCGAGUCCUCGGGGCGGCCCCUCCGCACCCCCUCCGCGCGGCGCCGGACCCCGGGCUCGGGGACCUCGCCGCCCCCCCCCCCGCCCUGCCUCAGAGGCCGGUGGGGCCGCCCGGCCCUGCUGGAGACCCGCACCCCCCAGAGCCCCGCUGCGGCGCCGUGCGGUGAAGCUGGGGACCCUGGGAAACCCGCACCCCACGAACACCGGCCCCCCGGCCGUGGCUCGGGAGGGACCCCCGGAGCCGGGCUCGUUGGCGCAGCCGUCCGGCCCGGUGGGGCCCUCCGACCCCGGAGCCCGACCGGUCACCACGCCGCCCUCUGGGUCUGGGACAAAGAGGUCCCCGGGCCCAGGCCGCCCCUCGCCCCUCUCCCCGCGCCGGGUCCCGGGGCCCCCGAGCGCCCCGCAAGGGGGGGGGGGCUUCACCAGCUCGCUCUGCCUAAGAAAGUCCCCAGGGGAGAGCUGGGGGGGGCUGGGCUCGCCGGGGCGCCCCACCGUGGUGUGCCCGGCCCGGAGCGGCCGCCGCGCGCCCGCGCCCUCGGGCCUCCCGGCGCCCCCGGCCCCGCGCCCCCGGCCCCCGACGCCCGCGUGGACGGGGGGAGAGCGCUGGCUCUCGGCGCCAGGUGCCCCGCGCCUCCGCGAGGACCGGGUGCCCGAGCGCGGGGACCCCCGUCCCGGAGCGCCCGGGGGAGAGGGGGCGGGGGGUCCCCGCAGCCCCGGCCCCAGCCGCUCAGAGCCCGGGGCCGCGCCUACCUGCCGCCGCGCCCGCCGCGCCCGCCGCUGCCCUCCCGGCUGCCGGGGGCGACUUUAA